UGGUGCAGGGCAAGACAGCACGUGCCAGUGGUCACUUGGUCAAGUUCGGGAGGAGGGGGGGGAUUAGAUGUCACAAGGUGUGUACAAGUUGCACAUCUCUCUUCGGGAGCUGCUACCCGUGCACAAGACUAUAAGCUGCAUGCAAGGGAACGACGGGUUAAGGUAGUCUCUGCACAAUCUGCAGCCGCCGUAAAACUCAUGGAUUCGGCGAGCAAAGCCUUCGCACUUCGGGCAGCAUCUGGAAUCCUGGAUCUCGGCUUGCGUUCGAUUUGUCCAAGGUCGGGCCUGCUUCCCUCCGAUGGCUGCCCACCAUUUUCUCAAGUAAGGCACCCUGUGUCUAUUACGCUUGUCAACUGA